AAGAUGAUGGAGUUCACGUGUUUUCUCUGUGACGUUAUAAUCUCUGGCGAAACAAACUCUCUCCCGGGCGCGGGGCGCGUUUGCUGGAGUUAGCGUGCUAGGCUGCUGCUCCGGCCCGCGGUUGCCGCUGCGCGUUUGCUCCUGGAAGCGGAAUGCUAGGACCCAGGAUCUUCGCCAUGGAUCCCUCUGCAGCCUCUUCCAGUUUCCUUUCGGACUCGGAUUUCUGCACCGAGUGUGGCUCCAUUCUGCCUCUCCCAGGAGCUUUGGACACCGUGACUUGCCCCAGAUGCGGUUUCUCCAUAGACGUGCGGGAGUUCGAAGGGAAGGUGGUGGAGACCUCGAUCGUGUUCCAUAAAUUGGGAACAACAGCUUUGAUAGUGUCAGAGGAAGAGGGGCCCGAGUUGCAGGGGCCAGUGAUUGAUAGGCGUUGUUCCAAUUGUGGUCAUGAGGGAAUGGCAUAUCACACCCGGCAGAUGCGCUCAGCUGAUGAAGGACAGACUGUCUUUUAUACCUGUACUAACUGCAGGUUUCAAGAGAAAGAAGACUCUUGAUCUCUACUCUCUUGGAUUCAGUCCCUUCUAUUUGAAAGUUUCUCAUUUGUAAUGUGUUUCAGCAUUUUUCCUCCGGAGAGGCCUGCUUCGAUGGCAUAUGAUAUAGAAGUGACCUGAGUUCUUGAAGGCUUUGGAGUAUAUCUUCGGUUUCAGCCUCAGAGAUUCUAAGUAUAUCACUGAAGAACUUAAGAGGGUGGUGGGCCUUUGUUUCGGAGAAAAGCUUGGGGAAUUAUUAAAAGAACUAUGCAGUUUCCCAGA